GCUUUAAUAAUACUAGCUACCAUCCACUAGUAUCCAAAUUUUACCAAUACCCUCUAAAUUUUAGGCUUUUUAAUUACCCCAGGAUUGAGAAAAAAACAAACUUUUUUAAUUCAUCUCUUUCGUUGAUGUUUUCAAUACUCGAAAUAUAAGUACAUUGUCCCCUCUAGUUAAAGUGAGUUUAGGAUGAUUUGGCAUCAAUCCUCUUUAAGCAAAUCAAUAUCAGUUUUAUCUUUAAUCAAACACAAGUGUCACUUCAGUAUAAGUGGUGUGUACCUGGUUACCUUGUUAAAGCAAUGCUCAAACCUCAAACAUAUCCAACAAACUCAUGGGUUGAUGAUCUUUAGAGGUUUUGACCAGGAUAAUUUUCACCUUAGUCACUUCAUUGAUUCAUGUUCUUCACUGGGUUUCUUCCAUUAUGCGUAUUUAGUUUUCACCCACAAAUCCCAACCAAAUGUUUAUCUUUAUAACACAAUCAUCAAGGCUCUUUCUAACUCUCCCUCUCCCUUCGGUGCCAUCUUUCUUUUUAACAAAAUUCAAGCAGCUGGCUUGAGACCUGACACUUACUCAUUCCCUUUUGUGUUAAAGGCUGUUGUUAAGUUAUCAGCCCUUGAAAUAGGAAGACAGAUUCAUUGUCAAUCCAUUGGACCUGGGUUGGACUUUGAUGUUCAUGUUGUCACUGCCCUUGUUCAAACGUAUGGUGCCUGUAAAUGCAUCUCUGAUGCUCGAAAACUGUUUGAUGGAUUGAGCCUGAGAGCCGGACACGUUGCCCUUUGGAAUGCAAUGGUUGCCGGUUAUGUAAAGGUUGGUGAUUUGAAGAAUGCUAGAGGAUUAUUUGAGCGCAUGACUGAAAGAAAUGUAAUUUCUUGGACAAUUUUGAUUGCAGGGUAUGCUCAGAUUGACCUUAAUAAUGAAGCAAUUAGUAUUUUUCAGAGGAUGGUGCUUGAAGAUGUUGAGCCUGAUGAAAUUGCUUUGUUGGCUGCACUUUCUGCUUGUGCUCAUUUGGGUGCAAUUGGGUUGGGAGAGUGCAUUCAUAACUAUAUUGAUGAACUUGGAUUGUACAAGACGAUUCCUCUUAACAACGCACUCAUAGACAUGUAUGCUAAGUCUGGAAACAUGGAGAAGGCUUUACAUGUAUGUAAGAACAUGAAGAAUAAAAGUGUUAUAACAUGGACUACGAUGAUUGCUGGACUGGCUCUACAUGGUCUUGGAAGAGAAGCCCUUGACAUGUUCUCUCAAAUGGAGAUGUCUGGAACUAAACCAAAUGAGAUUACUUUCAUUGCCAUCCUUUCUGCUUGUAGCCAUGUUGGCUUUGUUGAAUUGGGUCGCUCAUUUUUCGAAAACAUGAAAUUAAGGUAUGGGAUUGAACCAAAGGUUGAGCACUAUGGUUGCAUGAUUGAUCUACUCAGCCGUGCUGGUUACCUCCAAGAAGCACGGGAGCUACUUGAAACGAUGCCAUUUGACGCAAACGCAGCUAUAUGGGGCUCUCUUCUUGCUGCUUCCAAUAUAUAUGGUGAUGCUGAACUUGGAGAGUGCGCUUUGCUGCAUCUAAUAAAGCUGGAGCCCCAUAAUAGUGGAAAUUAUACACUCUUAUCAAAUAUAUAUGCUUCUCUUGGUAAGUGGAGUGAAUCUAGAAUGGUAAGGAACAUAAUGAGAAACAUAGGUGUUAAAAAGAUGCCUGGAUGGAGUUACAUUGAAGUGAAUAGCAGAGUUCAUGAAUUUAUAGCAGGAGACACAUCGCAUCCUGAUUUUGAUAGGAUUUACCAAGUUUUAUGCAAGUUGCAUUGGCAGUUGAAGACUACUCAGCAUCUUCAAAAUGAAUCUUGUCGCCUGCUUGUAAUUGAUGAAGGAUAGGGUAAUUACACUUACAGACAUACAAAUGAGAACCAGCUUUGAGUGCUUUGAUGAUUACUACAGUGCGACCAUCUGACAAGCUACAACACAGUACCAUGUUUGUAAAAGCUAUAGUAAUUCAUAUUAUAUUGCUGUAUCUUUCGUUAAGAUUCAGAUGCAUUUAAAGACCUGAUAAAAGCCUCUUGGGAGAAUUGAGUUUUUCCCAUCAUAAGAUCUAGUACUGAAGUUACUAGAUUUUUUUGUUUGUGCACCGAACUUUGGUGCAUAAGAAUACUUGUGCCAACCCAGCAACCAUCAGGUGAAGAAAGAGUGCCAGAUGCAUUAUCCUCUAGCAAUAAGCCAUCUACAAAAUCUUGUGUUAGUAUCGUUGUCUGUGUUGUAUGAGAUGCAGAAGGGGAAUUUGAUCUUGACUCCUCAGCAAAUAAAUCCUUCAACAUUGUCUGUGGUUUUUCAGUUAUUACUUCUGCUACAGGGAAAGUUACUGACUCAGCCCGAUGAGAUGAUCGCCUUCUCCUUCUCCCAAGGACUUGACCUUUUUCUUCUACAGUAUGAAGAUCUCUUCCAGAUUUCCUUCUGCUGCAAAACGUUGACCUCAUAAAUCCUGGCAAUUGUGACAAAGGAGCUGUGACAUCUCCAAUCCGGUCCUUCUUAACUUUGAGGUUAGAUAGUGGCUCCUCAGAAGAUAAAUGGGGAACUUGUGGUUUCACUUCGAAAGAAGGGGCUGGCCUUGGGUCUAUAUAAUGAAGAAAGAAAUGAAAUCACAUAGAAGUUGUUGCAUUUCAAUCACCUUGUGAUGAACCUGGAUGGAAAACCUUGUCAAAGCUGUAACUUUUACUCUUAUUAUCAUGAAGCCUCAGAAGAACAUUGUUUGAAUCUAAAGCUACAACAGGUCUUAAGCAUCCGUAAUUCUCCUCCACUCUGAUUGGUCUUACACGACAAAAUACACGGAUAUUCCCUGCAAUGGCAGAUGUGAAGAGCAAAUGACCAGAAUCAGUUUACAAUGGUUUUUCAAGUUGAGUGCAACCAAUUGUCCAAAGACAUUAAUAAUCAUUCUGUUUCGGACCCAAAAUCUUCUUGAUCAACCUAACUCGGUUGAGUUAAAAGUUAAAACACCAAGUUCAUCUGUUGACAGGCAAACAAACAAAGGAGAGACAAUAAUGAAACGAAUGGAAUGAGUAGGAGGUAAUGAUUCAUGGAAACGUGGCAAAGAUAUACAGACAGACAAACAUGCCAACAUACAAGUUCACAGAUACUUAUCUACCUUUUAGUUUUGAAACGGCAUUUCCUUCUACAUCUUCGUUAUCU